AUCGGUGACUCGGCGCGUUACCUACUUGUGCUCAGUUAUUACUAAUUAUUACUAUUGUGAUUUGCAUAAUCCGAUGCAAUAAAAAAGUCAUAAGGUAAACAUAACAAAUUCAACUUCGUGUGUGAUUAUUAUACCUACUACAUAUAACAUACACAGACUACAUUAUACAUAGCGUUGUUGUAGUUUGACAAGAGAGAGUCGUUUAUUUGGCCGGCCAUUUUGUAUUUUCAGUAGUAGCUAAACGAAAAAAGCGAAGAUUGACAGAACUUCGCGGAAAAUUGAACUCCUAAUUACAUUUACAAUUUUUAACUUUGUUGUCACAGAUAAUUUGUCGGCGUGAAGCUAACAUAAGUUUAUUGACAUCCCAUUGUGUGUAUUAUUAAUAGAAAAUUUUCGGCACUUGACUGAUUGCAAAGUGAAACUGAAGCAAAACAAUUUGCAAAAUUGUGUAUAAGUUGAACCAACGGAUUCGUUCACCUUUUUCAUCUGUUAAAUUGACAAUGCGAGUAACUUAACAUGGCCACAAAGGCUGAAUCCGAAUUUCCACCUUCGCCUUCAAAUGAUCACUCAGAUGGUGAAGAACAAGAUUCCUUAGAAGAUAACUACCAAGACGAAGAGGAAGAAGACGUAAAGCCGCCUAACAAUAAUGUCGCAGACAUCUUAAAGCGGCUCCAGUCCACGGGGGCUCUUAUCAAAAAGCCUAAGCAGGAGUACAAGUGUUACACCUGUGACGAAGAUUUCUCUGCCUGGUCAGUGCUAGAGAAUCAUCUUAUUCAACACGUGUCUUUGCCCUCAGUGGUGCUCGACAAGCUGCCGUCCGACGGAGAAGAUUCUGCUCCACCAUCUGGAGAUGAGAAUUGGUCCGACGAAGAUGAUGUACCAGACCCACCCAAAGCGGCGAAAACGACGCCCCAAAAAAUAGAUAUAUCUCAAAUACUUAAAAAAACCGGUAUUACUCUUAAAAGUACAGCCGACCAAGAUAAUAAAUCUUCAAAUUCAGCAUUAAGUAAAUUAAGUGGAUUAGGUUUUACUAUAAAGAAAAACUCCGUGUCAGUUAAAAGUGAACCAGAACCUGUAACUGAAGGUAAUAACGAUGUUAUGAAAAAACUAGGUCAAUUAGGAGGCAUCAAACUUAAACUCAAAUCUGAUGGUAAUAAUUCGAAUUCAUUCAAAGUAAUAAAUGGAUUAAAAGAUUUUAAAGCAUCUGACGACGAGGAUGAAGGCAGUGGUAGUGAGAGUAAAGAUGGUCAUGAUUAUGAAGACGAACAUGACAAAUCUGGAGAAAAUGAAGGUUCCGGUGGAGAGCAAGAACAUUCAGAUGAAGAUAACUCUAACGGCAAUCGAAAAAGUUCAGAUAGUGACGAUGGCACAGGCAAAUCGCCAGUAGAUAAUAAGAUCACUAAUGCUCUUAAAAACUUACAAACAAAGGUUAUAAAAACAGAACCCACGAAAAAUAUACAACAAGCAAGAGUUGUAUCAGAAGACGCACCUCCUGCCAAAGUACCUGGGAGGCCUGUUGUUAAACAGACACCUAAACGAGGAGCUAAUCUUCCAAUGAGCGCCAGAGAACCACCCCAACAACAGCACACUAUGGAAACACCUUCUUCAAACAUAAAAAGUGCUUCAAUUGGACAUCGAGAAUCUAGAGAAAGUACUUCUAAUAUGGAAAAUGUGGUAGUAAAGAAAGAAAUUGACUCAGGCGAGCCUCAAUCGACAAAUUUGCCUUUAUUUUCAGGACAGAUUAAAUCAGAAAGAGCUUCACCACCACCGCAGUCGAACGAUCAUGUAUCAACGCCUGCUAUUGCAACAAUAAAAACAGAACCAGAUGGAAAUUUACCGUCAAGUACGCAGUCAUUUCCGUCCUCCACCCCUACUACUCCGCUCCUUCCUGUAACUAAAAAGGAAGAUACAAGUAUGACAAUCAUCGAAAUUAACGGUGAUUCCAAUGAUGAGGAUGACGAUUGCUGCGUUGUUUCUGCAACCCCAGCACCUGAUAUAAAACCUGUUAUACCAAAAGUAGAAAAUGUGCCACCCACAUAUCCUCCUCCAGCAUAUCCAACUUCUACUUCACAAGCGAGCUAUAAUUCACCUAACAUUCUACCUUCUCGUAUGCCAAGUACGCCGUCGACUGAGAAACAGCACAACUUCAACUGGAAUGCUCCUGACUCUAAGCCACCAAUCGAUAUGUUAGAAAAGAGUGCUGAUGAUAUAUUCGAAAGCCUGCUGUCCUCUGCAACAAAAAAAGAAAAUCUGUCUUUAUCAGACGCCAGUGAAUACAUUUCUUUAGAUACUUUAGGACCACAACAAACCUGUGAGGUUUGUAAUACUAGAUUUACUGAUAUGUCUCUUCUCGAGGAACACAGGCGGAUUAGUGGCCAUACAAAAUGUCUUCUGCCGUCGCAAUCUUCUACUCUAUUACCAUAUACUCCAUCUUCUAGUAUUCUCUCUAGUUUAUUACCAGUAAAACAAUUUGCUGAGCAAGUGGGAAAACUGUCGGCGAUUGGUAACAGCUCAUCUGGAUUUACACACCAGCAAAACGUCAUGAUAAAUAUUCAAGCAUAUCCGGGAGCUGGCGGUGUAAUGGUGCCUCCGCAACCAUACAAUGCUUAUACUUCUACACCUGGACAGACUAUGCAUUCCGGAUAUCCAGCAGGUCUCAACAACAUGUACGGAGGUCCUGGGCAAACGAUGCCAGGUCAGUACCCUGGACAGCAUUAUAUGGGACAACAAUCUUACGGUCAGUUCCAGCCGCCUAUGUCUAAACCAGGGUAUCCCGGAGCACAAAACACGUUUUCAACAUCAACACCAUAUUCUACAGCAUCUCCACUUCAAAAUAUGCAACAGGCAUAUGGCCAGCCUUCGCCUGGUAUGAUGAGUACACAGUCACAAAUGGGCCAAAUGGGGCCUCCCGGGUCGUCACCGGGUCAGUACGUACCUGUGUCCAGUCCGAGUGGGUCUAUGAAACCACCUGGUAGCGGAGUCAGAAUUCAGAACGUUCAGACAUUUCCCCCUGGGCAAAUGGUGAUGCCUGGACAGACUGUUGCUCCUGGGCCCGAUAUAAGUGGGCAAGUGGCGGGAGCUCAAAUGCCUGCACCCAGCACGAUAAGAAUGGCCGCGGGUGCUACUGUGACGGGAGCAAGACCGAGAAUGCCAACUGUAAGAGGACCGAGGCCGUCCAUACGACCUGGCAUUCAAGUUCACGGUCAAGUGCGCGGACAAAAACCUGGACAACGAAUGCCAAUGAAACGGCCAGGACAAAUAGUGACUGGGCCAGUGCAAAAGCGGCGCCCUGAUAUGCUGUUGCCUGGUAAACAUGACAACGAAGACUGUCAAGUAAUGGCGAUGCAGAAACAACGUGACGGAUUGCCUAUGAUUCAAAGUGUACAGGGCGCCAAAGACAAACUAAACCUUGGUAGUCAAAUAUCAAUCACCAAAAAGACUGUCAACAAAGAAGCGAACGCUAUGGCGAACGUAUUAGCUUCUCGGGGUAUUAGUGUGAAGCAAAAACAGAAGAGCCGGUCGCCUACACCAGAAAGGCCGUUACCUCAUAUUCCAAACCUUGGUGCUGGCAUGAGUAUAAAGCAUACGUCCAAAUCCAGCAAUUUCUCUAUACCAGAAGCGAAGGUCGGCGGGGGGAUGUUAGCGUGCAAAAUAUGCAAGAAAAUGUUUAUGAAUCAAAACUCGUUGCUCGUCCACAUGUCUGCGGCUCAUCCGCAGAGUAAGAUACCAAUGUUCAAAUGCGACGAAUGCCCGGCGUCAUAUCCCAAGUCGUUACAGUUGCAACAUCACAAAAGGGUAUUCCACAACGUGACCGGAGCUAAUCGCGAAUUGGGCUUGCCGGUUGUGGACUUAUCACAAGAAGACAAUUUAAAACGUUUAAGUAACCUAGGUAUAUAUAGUUUUAUUCCAUUGGCGAAUAGAGAACAAGCCAGUGGCUGUUUCGGUAUUCCCGUCAUCUCAGUGCAUAAUAUGCAAAAUGGUAUGACAAACAGUUUGCAAGCUCUGGGCGCAGAUGGAUUAUUAAGUUUAGGGCCUCUAAAACCUCUACCAAAUAAUUAAUUUGUUUUUCUAAUGUGCAAUUGGCGAAGGAUGC